CUCUCUUUCGUCCUUCUCUCUAUCUCCUUUUCUAUCUUAAUCUAUCUUCCUCUUUCACUUUCUCUAUCUACCUUGAUACCCUUAAUCAAGUCGCCCACCGAACUAUCCAUAAAUCUCUGUACACUCUGUCUGUGUUAAGUCUGUUGUGGACCAGCGAAUGCAGGAAAUACGGGGGAACGGAGUCGCGACUUAUGCCAAGCAAUAAAUCAGAGACCAACUACCACGUCUGACCACGGAGGAAGUAACGUUACGGCCGCAGCACAGCGCAAAUCCGAAGGUGUCAGUCACGCCGAAAUUAGCUACAUUUAAGCUAAACUAGAUUCUAAAAAAUUUGGUCCAAUAGAAAAAAAAACACACACACACACACAAAACACCGAUUGUCGAAGACAAACUUUACUGCGCUAGGCAAGAAGAAUACCAUCACGUAUACGUGAGAGUGCCACGUGUGUAUUCUAAAAUUACGAUAUCGUAACACCACGGGACAUUGAAUUCUCGAACGAAGAAGAGAGACUCUUAGGUAAAAGAUACUUUUCCCGAGUAGGCGGCGCGCGAUAUCAUCGCGCGUUACAGACAACUCCCCCCCCUCCCUACCCCGUCUCGAAGAGAUACGCAUCAAUAACCGCGGGAACAAGCGCCGACGAAGUUGGUUCUGCAAAUAGUUAUCGCACGAUCCGUAGAAACGAUCUCCCCGAAGAGAGUGAGAGAACGACGGCGGGAACGACGAGCCGGGAAAGCGAGGUAAAGCGUGUACGAGAGCAUUUACGUAUUCGACGAGGAUGGCAUUAUCCUGAAACGGGCAUGACGCCCUUGGCCUCGAGAUGCGACGAGACCACCACCCUUCUGUUGUUGCUGCUACUCGAGCUAGUACCCGGGGCACGUUGCUAUUCGCGCGCGGCCACGACCUCCGCUUCGUUCUUAGCGAGAUAGCAUCUACAGUCCCCGGCGAGGGUGCGAGUGAUGCCGCUUCUCGGCAGCAUUAUGACCAUCGCUGUCGAUAAUCCGACAACGGCGUCCACGAGCGUCUUCGAGGGGAACAUGACGUGGUCUCGACCAAUCAGUGGUGGCUCUAUGUUUACUAAUAACGAGGCCCUCCCGACACGCGCUAUCCCGAACGGCGAGCAACGCUGGCAUCAUCAUUCGGCGGCAUCGGUAACUGUCAGCAACGAUCGCGAUAGUCGCUUCCUCCUGAGCGGCGGCGACGGCGACGACGUUAAAGGAGAACCGAGCGGUACCGGAGACAACGAAAAACACAUCAUCGAGAGCGACGGGGGUGACACAACUACUAGCACGGGGCGCGAGAGCGGUCUGACAGAAAAGAAAAAAACGUCGUCCCACCGUUGCGGCCAGACUUCAGAAACUCCGGCUUGCGGGAACACCGUAGACGCGACAAAGGGUGGGGAAACUGCAUUUACUGGCGAAGAAAACGUGGCAGGGAUAGAUACCGGGGGUGGCGGCAGCGAAGAAAGUGUCGACAGCGUAGGCAGUACGACCGGCAGUGUAAGUGUGAAUAGUACAGGUGUAUCGAAUAGCACGGAAGAAGGAGUCGCGAUCGAAUACGACGAGAAGGAUCUGUUGCUCUUCGGGUUCGGCGACACGAUGGAGGACACGAUCGGCGCGUUCAACGACUCGUUGAACGCGAGCUACCACUAUCCCUGGAACAUCAGCAUCAACGAGACUUACAUCGUUGUCGACGGUUACCCGUCGGGAUACACUUUGCCUCACAUUAUACUCGCGUCGAUUUUCGCGACGCUGCUGAUGAUCGUCAUUAUCGUGGGGAACAUGCUCGUGAUAAUCGCCAUCGUCACGGAGAAGGCGCUCAAGAAUAUACAGAACUGGUUUAUCGCCAGUCUCGCGGUGGCGGACUUCUUUCUCGGCCUCAUCAUCAUGCCGUUCUCGCUUGCCAACGAGAUCAUGGGCUACUGGAUCUUCGGCUACUGGUGGUGCGACAUUUACUCCGCCAUGGACGUGUUGCUGUGCACGGCCAGUAUUAUGAAUCUGUGCCUAAUCAGUCUGGACAGGUUUUGGAGCAUCACUCAAGCGGUCGACUACCUGAAGAAGAGAACACCGGCGAGAGCGGCGCUGAUGAUCGCCCUCGUCUGGCUGCUGUCAGCGCUCGUUUGUAUACCACCGUUACUCGGAUGGAAAAGACCCACUCCGGCCGAAAAAUUUCCCAAGUGCACGUUGUCGGAAGACAUCGGAUAUGUUCUUUACUCCGCUUUGGGUAGUUUUUACAUCCCAUCCAUCAUCAUGGUCUUCGUGUACGUGCGCAUAUACUUCGCUGCCAAAGCCCGCGCGCGUCGUGGCAUCCGGAAACAGCCACGUCCACGUGCGAUGGUGCCGCCGGAAUCGCCUGACGUCAGGCAGACCAGCUUCACUCAGAGCACGCCAGCGACGGACACCAAGAAGCCUCCGGGAUCAGUCAUGGAGAACGUCGCAACGAUUGAGAAUCAGCCUGUCCAGAUACCAAUUGUCACGUGCGACUUCGCCAGUGACGUCAGCACGUCAGAGGCUGAUCCCGGCGGAGGCACGAGUAUCCCAAUGGAGGAGAAGGACACGCUCAAGGUGAGCGUGCCGGUGCCGGCGCAGAAGAGCAACUUGAAGGCGACGCUGUCGGUGAACGGGGACGGGCAGUCGGGCAAUCAGAACGUGCCGGCGCGAUGCCGGGCGCCCAGCGUCGGCAUCGACGUCGACAUGGUGUCCGAGUUCGACCCCUCGUCGUCAGACAGCGGCGUGGUGUCAAGAUGCGCGGUGGUGAAGCCGCUCAAGCUGCGACUGUGUCAGCCGAUCUUCGGUCGCAAGCACGUAAGUAAAUCGAAACGGGAUCACGGCGACGGGCACCGUCACGCAGCCAAGGACGAUUCCGACUCGAAGACUAAACCGCGCGAUCCCGAGAGAGAGAAGCGGAGACUGGCGAGGAAGAAGGAGAAGCGCGCGACUCUGAUCCUGGGCUUUAUCAUGGGCAGCUUCAUCGCCUGCUGGCUGCCCUUCUUCGUCCUCUACGUUGUUAAGCCGCUCUCGCCGCAGACGCCGAUACCGCCGCAAGCGUUUGCGAUCGCCUUCUGGCUCGGCUACAUGAACUCCGCGCUGAAUCCCUUCAUCUACACGGUUUUCAAUAAGGACUUCCGCCGCGCCUUUCGCCGAAUACUGUUCAAAUGAGCGAUAAGGUAUAGCGUCGAUCAAGAAGGACGCUA